CACUUGUGUCAGAUUCCACGUAGAAACUACCAUCAUAAUUUUGCUGCCAUUUUGCCGGGUGAUUCAGUGGCAGGAAUAGUGGUUGCUAAUGGAAUUUCGAAUUUCUUAAACAUUUACAACACAUUGUUGGUUGUGAGGCUCGUUUUAACUUGGUUUCCAAAUGCUCCUCCAGCAGUUGUCAGCCCCCUCAGCACUUUAUGUGAUCCCUACUUGAACAUAUUCCGAGGCAUCAUUCCACCACUGGGAGGGACGCUCGACCUUUCACCUAUAUUGGCAUUUCUUGUUUUAAAUGUCUUUACCAGUACAGCAUCUGCGCUGCCAGCUGAACUUCCAUCUUCAGGACUUCAUCUGGACAUUUCAUCUCAUGCAACAGCGUCACAGGAGAAGUGGAUGAGAAGGCUUGAUUGGAACAAGUCAAAAAGAUCUGCUGCUGAGAAUUAAGUUGUUUUUCUUUGACAAAAAAUACAUGUAUUCUCAGAAUCCCGCGGUUCCAUGAUGGAGUGGUUGAUAUGUCUACCAUCGAGUGUAAAUUCAUUUGGCAACAAUAAAAGUACAUGUAUGUAUUAUUUAUUGAUACGUCUACGUCCAAAUACAACCUAGAAAGCUUCAUUUUUA